AUGCAUAUUCAUGAAAGGAAACCAAUAAUGAGAAGAGAAAUAAAUUAAAAACUUAAAUUAUAUCAUUACAAUUUUGUUAUAUAAAUAAUAUAUGUUCAUGGGAAAUCUUUAAGAUUACUUAUUUACUUUUAAGCACAAUCAACCUGUCAGUUUAGUCAGUCUGCAGGCAAAUUUCUUAACAAGCGAGAGAUAUAUCGCAAAUAAUGUAUAGAAUACAUAGAAUAUGACUAUACACCAAUAUAGGGAGUAUUAAAGAUAAUAGAAGAACCUUUGAAAUAGCGAUUAGAAGAAUAUGAGAAUAAACUUAGAACUCAAUUUUAAUAAUUAAAAAGAAUAAGUGGAAAUAUUUAAUAACUAAGAGGAACAAUAUUGGAAGAGUUGGAUGAUUUAGUAAAUAGAGUGAAUCAUUUCAUAAUUCGGCUUCAAGUUAUUGGAAAAGAGAUGGCAAAUUAUUUUUUUUUUGAUUGUUGAACAACUUAAUUAAAAAUUAAGGAGAAUAAGAAAUUUAACCUCAAAUCAAUAAAAUCAUGGAAAUAUUAGUGAUAAUGGAGAAAUUCUGAU